AUGCGGCGAGUUGUCGUGACUGGCCUCGGCGCCAUCACGCCUCUCGGGCUCGGCAUCCAACGGACAUGGGCUCGUCUCAUUGCUGGCGAGUCCGGCAUCGUCAGCGUUGCGGAUCGAGAACCUCGACAACGAUGGAGAGAGCUGACGUGCACCGUUGCGGGUGUCGUUCCUCGAGGGCCUGGCGGCAAGGCUGAAGGCUUAUGGAAGGCCGAUGACUGGCUGAGUGCCGCGGAACAGCGACGCAUGUCGGCUUUUACGCAGUAUGCGAUUGCGGCGAGCGACAUGGCUUUGAAGGAUGCCGGGUGGGAGGCUUCCCGGGUUGAGGACCAAGAGGCAACGGGAGUGUGCCUCGGGAGCGGCAUUGGGAAUCUGGAGGAGAUGUAUGACACGAGUCUGUCUCACGGUAGAGAUGGAUAUAAAAAAGUAUCGCCGCUUUUCGUGCCCAAGCUCCUCAUUAACAUGGCGGCAGGACACAUUGCCAUGAGGCACGGGUUCCAAGGCCCAAACCAUGCCGCAACGACGGCUUGCACUACAGGAGCUCACUCUAUUGGGGACGCAGCUCGGUUCAUCGCACUGGGAGAUGCCGACGUCAUGGUUGCUGGAGGAUCAGAGUCCUGCAUCCACCCUCUCACUUUUGCCGGCUUCGGCAGGGCCAGAUCCCUAGCCACAGCAUACAACGACAGUCCGCAGGCGGCAUGUCGCCCGUUUGAUGCUGAUCGCAACGGCUUUGUCCUCGCUGAGGGAGCGGCAGUGUGCGUGCUCGAGGAGCUUGAGCAUGCAAAGGCCAGGGGGGCCAAGAUUUACGCCGAAGUCAGCGGAUACGGCUGCAGCGGUGAUGCGUACCACAUGACGGCGCCCCGAGAAGAUGGACAUGGAGCAUAUCUCGCCAUGAAAAGGGCCUUGAGGAGCGCGGGCAUCAAGCCGUCUCAAGUCGACUACGUUAAUGCACACGCUACGAGCACGCAGGUGGGAGAUUCGGCUGAAGCAGCCGCCAUCAAGCGGAUUAUGAUGGGCGACGAAGGCGUUUCAUCCGAAUCCAAAGUCACUGUAAGCAGCACCAAGGGCGCAAUAGGGCAUUUGCUAGGUGCAGCUGGAGCAAUCGAGGCUCUCUUCUGCAUCUUGGCUAUUCACGAUGGAGUCGUGCCGGCUACUCUGAAUCUGGCGCGGCCCAAUGUAGACGUCAACUUCAAUCUUGUCCCCUUGACAUCUCAGGAGAAGCAAGUCAAAGUUGCGAUGAGCAACAGCUUUGGAUUUGGGGGGACCAACAGCACGCUUGUGUUUUCCAGGUUUGAAUCCCAGGCCCGGUCCUUGCUCCGGGUCGCAUCCCGCACAUCAGUAUCCCGGUCUUCGGCCGCCAAAUCGGUUCUUCUGCCGCUGCUUCAUGCCAAUGCGCCCGUCCGAUCGUCGCCGCCGUCCCGGAGCUUCAGCAGCUCCAGCUCUAGGAGGCUCUUGGGGGGACUUGGGAGCUCGAUUGGGGAGUCGUACCGAGUUCUGGGCGCCUCGGAGAGACUGUUCAAGGCAUGUGCCAAAGCAGCUGAUUAUCACAUCACCGAGGAGGAGCGCAAGAACGAUCAAGUAGAGAGAUUGGACGACGGCGAGGAGAUUGGCCAGGCGCUGGAAGAGGGAAACAUCUGGCACAAUACCUUCAAACUACCGCCCACGUUUAGCACUUGGUCGCACGUCACCAUGUUGCACCUCUACCUCAUCAACGCCCGCGUACGAUGCCUCGAGCGAGACGCAUACCGAAACUGGCAGCAGCAGCUCAUCGACCACUUCUUCUUCGAGUGCGAGAAGAAGAUGCACAUUGACCACAACAUCACAUCCAGCGCCCUCCGACAGCGCUACCUCAAGGACAUAUUCGUCCAGUGGCGAGGCCUCCUGCUUGCAUACGACGAGGGCCUCAUCAAGGGCGACGCCGUGCUGGCGAGCGCCGUGUGGAGGAAUCUGUUCAAGGGCGACCCCGAGGUCGACCCCCGAGCGUUGGUGGCCAUUGUUGGAUGGAUGAGAUCGGGCCUUGUAUCGCUGGAGAGCGCCUCGGACAUGGCCAUGCCCAAUAGGGCGCUGGAGGUGCUGGCCAGGCCGGUUGAUGUGUUUUGGACGAGGCUGGAGGAACCGUUCAAGAAGGAGGUUGGCAAGGAUGCUGUGCAGGAAAGCCAAGAAGUAAAGCCUACGCCCGAGGUGGCCAAGGCUGCUUGA